AUGUUAUUCAAAUCUUCUGUUUAUCUUCUUAUUUACUCUUCUGUUCUAUUUUCUAUUGAUAAAGUAACAAAUUCAUUUUCUAACCGGGUUAAAAGAGGUACAUCUGAUUAUGAACCAGAAUGUAUAGAGCAAAAUACUCCUGUUGAUCAACCUCAAUAUUCUACAAAUAACAGUGCAGGAACAAGAAAAAAACGUUUUGUUCUUUUUCCUGAAUUCGUAAAUUAUAAAGACAAUUGGAAUUAUUUACAAAAACCAAAAGAAAUUUCUUAUUGGAUUUCAAAUUUUUAUCCAAAUCGCAUCGAUACAAAUUAUAUUCAUUAUUGUAUAGAACAUAUUAUUCAAGAAAUUAAUACAAUUCUUGAUGAUGAAAUAAUUCUACAUAGAGCAUCAAAUCCAGGAGAAGGAACUUUUCAUUUUCUUUUUUUUGAUUAUACAAAAUGUCCCAAAGACGAUGUACCAGCAGCAACAAUUGAUAAUGUUACAGUUUAUCAUGAACUUGAUAUUUAUCCUGCUGAAAUAGCACGAAAAAAUCGUUAUCGUGCUCAUGGUGGAAUAAGACUUGUAGAUAAUAAUCAACCAAUAUCAACAAUUAAAUUCAAUAUGCAACAAACAUUUCUCGCAUCAAGUGAUCUCGUUUAUGAUCCGGUCAUAUAUUCAUGUGGUGAUAAUGAAACUAAAAAUGAAUGUGAACUUGAUACAUAUUAUGUUUUAUUACAUGAAACAUUACAUGGAUUUGGUAUAGAGCAUACAACAAAUGCUGAACAACCAACUCCACCAAAUCCUCAUAUACAAUCCGUCAUGCAUUUUU